AUGGGGCUGGAAGGACGAAAAGGCCCUGAGAGCAGCUGCUCAGAUGACUGGCUCAUCCGGACGGUGAAGGUGGAGGAGGACUAUGAGGAGUGGCCUGCGAGUCUCAGUGCGGAGGCGCUGCUGUCGGGGCAGCUGCAGGGCAGCGGCUUGCUGCCCCCCGACGGGGGCCACGGCUACCUGGGUGCGUGCAAGCUGGAGAGGCCGAGCCUGGAGGACUACGGCAGCUACGGCGACCUCCCGGGCUUGGCCCUGCAGCAGUGGCAGCUCCUGACCGAGAAGCCGUACGGCUGCACCGAGUGCGAGCGGCGGUUCAAGGACAAGCUGACCCUGCGGCUCCACCAGCGGGUGCACACCGGGGAGAGCCCCUACGCCUGCGGGGAGUGCGGCCGCAGCUUCAGCCAGAAGCCCAACCUGGUGGCCCACCAGCGCACCCACUCCGGGGAGCGGCCCUUCCCCUGCGCCCAGUGCGGCAAGGGCUUCAGCAAGAAGGCCCACCUGACGCGGCACCAGCGCAUCCACACGGGCGAGCGCCCCUACCAGUGUGCCCAGUGCGGCCGCUGCUUCAGCCAGAAGAUCCACCUGGGAUCGCACCAGAAGACGCACACCGGGGAGCGGCCCUUCCCCUGCGCCGAGUGCGGCCGGAGCUUCCGCAAGAAGACGCACCUGAUCCGGCACCAGCGCAUCCACACCGGGGAGCGGCCCUACCAGUGCGCCCAGUGCGCCCGCAGCUUCACCCACAAGCAGCAUCUGGUGCGGCACCAGCGCGUGCACACGGAGCCGGAGCCGGGGGCACUGGCCCAGCUGGAGACAAGUGCCCCCUGCAGGCUGCCAGGAGUGGCCGCGCCACCCCCAGGGUCCUCGCCGGAGCAGAAACCCUUCACCUGCCUCGAGUGCGGCAAAAGCUUCAGCUGGAAGAAGAACCUGACGUCGCACCAGCGGCUGCACCUGGAGGGGCGGCCCUUCUCCUGUGCCGAGUGCGGACGCGGCUUCAGCGACAAGCGCCACCUGACCGCCCACCUGCGCAGCCACAUGGGCCUCAAGCCCUACGCCUGCGCCUACUGCGAGAAGAGCUUCAGCCACAAGCCCAACCUGACCACACACCAGCGCACGCACACCGGGGAGCGCCCCUUCGCCUGCCCCGACUGCGGCCGCAGCUUCACCCACAACCAGCACCUGGUGCGGCACCGCCGCGUCCACACCGGCGAGCGCCCCUUCGCCUGCCCCCAGUGCGACCGCAGCUUCAGCUCCCGGCCCAACCUCAUUGCCCACACCAAGGCCCACUCGGGCAAGCGGCCCUACAUCUGCGAGCAGUGUGGCCGUGGCUUCAGCCGCAAGUCCCACCUGGUGAGGCACCAGGCCGUGCACACCGGCACCCGCCCCCACGGCUGCAGCCUGUGCGGCAAGCGCUUCAGCUCCAAGACCAACCUGGUCCGGCACCAGGCCGUGCACACGGGGCACCGGCCCUACAUCUGCACCCAGUGUGGCAAGAGCUUCAGCAGGAAGACGCAUCUCCUGAGGCAUGAGCGUACCCACGCUGCCCCCCUGCAGAGGGACAGGGACAGUGCCUGGGCUGUGCACGACCCCCUGAGCCAGCAGGCAGCCUGCCUCUAGCGGUGGGGGACUAGUGACUCGCACGGCUCACCACUCCGAGGGACCAGUUACUCUGCUGUGAGCUGGACAAAGUGCGGGCAGGUGCUGUGCCCUCAGUGCCAACCUGUAACCCCCCUCCCCGCCGUGCUAUCCCAGCCCUGGGCUCCCCCACAUACACUGCUCUGCAACUCCCCUCCCCACCAACCCCCCGUAUUCCAGUCCUUCCAUGUCACCCUGGUUCUGCUCAUGCAUUUCAGACUCAACCUGCAGCCCCCUGCUAAUCCAGCCGGGGCUCCCUCCCCCACCAGAUCUGCUGGUGCCCCUCAUUCCUGACAGCCAGCCAUCGCAGUCCUUCUCUAGAUCCUCACUUCAGCCUGGCCCUGCCAUGCCCGCUCGGGGCUCCUCCCCCCCCCCUCCCCCCCCCACGGCUCUGUCACUCGCCCUCAAUCCCAGCUCUCCGGUGUAUGGACGGGACGGGAGAGAGAGAGCUGGGAAGCCACAGGAGAGAAGCUGCCUGAGUGUCCUGCAGCGAGACCCGCUUCUGAUCCAGACGUGCCUUGAGAGCCCAGUGUGCGGUUCAGACAGCCCAGCCCGCAUGGGCAUGGGCAUGGGCAGGGACACCACUGGGCGCAGCUGCCCUCAGCCUGUCCAUCAUCCACCUGCUGCGAGACAAGCCCUUCACACCGCCUGGGGAGCUGACCAGGCAGGAGACGGGGUUAGGACUCCUCGUUGAAUCAUUCCUAAGCUAGAAAGGGGGAUAAUACCAUUCCCCUGAGCCAAAUGGUGCCAUAAACAGUGUUAUCGUACGGUGCUGGAGAUGGGUUGGAAGCUGGCUUCUCAGCCUGCUCACUUCCCCAGUCGCUGGCCAGGGCACCCAGCACUGGUCCAGCAAGAACUGUGGGCAAGCGAGAAGUGGGGGGUCUCUGUUCUCUACCUGAGGAGGGGCACAGCAGGGGACCCCCAAGCGAAGGGGCAUUUGAAUGUUAACGUCCCUCUGUAAUUAAAGAC